ACAUUCAAAAUCUCAAGAAGUUUCUAAAACCUUCCAUCUCUUUACACUUUCUACCAAAUCUCCUAAACCCUAAUUUCCAAAUGGCUCGUACUAAGCAAACCGCCCGAAAAUCCACUGGAGGAAAAGCUCCGAGGAAGCAAUUGGCGACCAAAGCUGCCAGAAAGUCAGCUCCGGCCACCGGAGGAGUGAAGAAGCCUCACAGAUUCAGGCCAGGAACUGUGGCUCUUCGUGAGAUCCGUAAGUACCAGAAGUCAACUGAGCUUCUGAUCCGUAAGCUCCCAUUCCAGCGUUUGGUUCGUGAGAUUGCUCAGGAUUUCAAGACUGAUCUCCGUUUCCAGAGUUCAGCUGUUGCUGCACUCCAGGAAGCUGCUGAAGCUUACCUUGUUGGUUUGUUUGAAGACACUAACUUGUGUGCCAUUCAUGCUAAGAGGGUUACUAUCAUGCCUAAGGAUAUCCAACUUGCUAGGAGAAUUAGGGGUGAGAGGGCAUAAAUGUGAAUUAAUGGUAGCUUUUAGUUGGAAAAAAAGAAUCAAUGGUAGAUUGUUGUUAAGAGUUUCCCGUGUAUUUUGAUUCAGAAUUUACUCGAUUCUGGAGAUGUAGUUGAAAUGAAAGUAUUCUAAUGAAUUAUCAGUGCUUUUUGCAAA